GGGCCAUGGGGGACCUACUUAUGCUCAGAGUGGCUGUGGGCAUAUGCUAUGUAACCUUCAGUGCCUCUGCUUGGUCAGUGAACAAUUUCCUGAUAACAGGGCCCAAGGCCUAUCUGACCUACACCACCAGUGUGGCCCUGGGCGCCCAGAGUGGCAUCGAGGAGUGCAAAUUCCAAUUUGCUUGGGAACGUUGGAACUGCCCUGAAAAUGCUCUCCAGCUCUCCACUCACAACAGGCUAAGAAGUGCUACCAGGGAGACUUCUUUCAUUCACGCUAUCAGCUCUGCUGGAGUCAUGUACACCAUUACCAAGAACUGUAGCAUGGGUGACUUUGAAAACUGUGGCUGUGAUGAGUCAAAAAAUGGUAAAACAGGAGGCCAUGGCUGGAUCUGGGGAGGUUGUAGUGACAAUGUUGAAUUUGGGGAAAGAAUCUCCAAACUCUUUGUGGACAGCCUGGAGAAAGGGAAGGAUGCCAGAGCCCUGAUGAAUCUUCAUAACAACAGAGCAGGCAGGCUGGCAGUGAGAGCCACCAUGAAGAGAACUUGCAAAUGUCAUGGCAUCUCGGGCAGCUGUAGCAUCCAGACAUGCUGGCUACAGCUAGCUAACUUCAGGGAGUUGGGUAACUACCUAAAGGCCAAGUAUGAACGGGCACUGAAAAUUGAGAUGGAUAAACGGCAGCUAAGGGCUGGGAACAGUGCCGAGGGCCACUGGAUACCCACUGAGGCCUUCCUUCCUAGUGCAGAAGCUGAGCUGAUCUUUUUAGAGGAAUCACCUGAUUACUGUACCCGCAAUUCCAGCUUGGGCAUCUAUGGCACAGAAGGUCGGGAGUGUCUGCAGAACAGCCGCAACACAUCCAGAUGGGAGCAACGCAGCUGUGGGCGCUUGUGCACGGAAUGCGGCCUGCAGGUGGAAGAGAGAAGCACUGAGGCUAUCAGCAGCUGUAACUGCAAAUUCCAGUGGUGCUGCACUGUCAAGUGUGACCAGUGUAGGCAUGUGGUGAGCAAGUACUACUGCACGCGCUCCCCAGGCAGUGCUUGGUCCUGGGGCAAGGGCAGCGCCUGACAGCACCCCACAGGAGCUUACUGCUCAGUUGUAUGACAGUGGAGGGGACACAGCUUCUCUCUUGGAGAGAAGAGGUAAGGAAAACAAUUGGAAAACCACAGGGUUGAUCUGUUAUCCUCUUGAUAUCUGCUGUACAUGGGGUAGUGGAGGCCCAAGAUGAUACAGCAUGUUCUUGACAGAGCUGAAAUGGGAAUCUGGGCCUCUUAAUUUGGGUAGACCCCAUUUCAUCUUCUCUGAAAGUUACUUCCUGGUCUUCUGCCUAUAAUUCUAUAGCUUGCUAAAGGGGAAGUUUGAUUUGGGGUCUAUAUCCAGAAAGACCUUAAAAAUACUCGCCCCUGGAGUUUCAGAUCACAUCCAAUCCAGCUGUAUGGCUAAGAAUCAGAGGGAAUGGAAGCCAAAAAUAGAAGAGUUCUGUCCAGACUCCUGAA